AUGUGGCUCACCCGAAAACUCGUUGCACUUGCAACGUUUGAGCGAAAGCCCAAGAAGCAAGAACAGCCAUCUUCUACGCCAGACUCGAAACAAAAGUCAACCACGUCCAAAAAACAUUCGUUUCUACCAACAAAAGAUAAACAUAAGCAGCAGCAACAGCAACAACAACAAAAACAACAACAACAAUCUCAACCAGUGGCACCAGCAGCACCUUCUAUCAAAACAACUACAGCUCCAACAACAGUAGCAGUGGCACCUGACACAAAAUCAACAAAGUCCGGAAGAUCUGCUAAAACUGGAUCUAUCAAAUCUACCAACACCGUACGCACCGUAGCAACCGGUACUAGCACAGGGUCCUCCAAUGAUCCAAAGACAAAACCUCUUCCUCCUCUUAUACCCAGCUUACCUCCUCAGAAGGUCUGUGACAAGACACUUGUCGUUGUCAUUUCAGGCACUUUAAACAUUGGCAAGUCGACGUUGAUCCGCUUGGGACUUCAAAACUUGACAGCGAAUUAUGAUCCAAAAAACGUAACACAAUGGCAGUGUCACCGCACCACGAUGGUUAUUGAUCAAGUUCAUUAUCCUAUGGAUGUCAUUGAGAUUGAUGAUACAAUGAUCAACACCGAUCAAGAUCCUCCAGAGUUCCCAGAGGACAUUUCAAACGUCCAUGGUGGCCUUAUCUGCUAUGACACCACCAACCGGGAUUCAAUGGAUUGCUUACCGGAUUUACUCAACGCGUACGUGUCACGCAACAUCCCAUCCUACUUGGUAGGCUUAAAAGCAGAUUUAUCAAGCUUACGUCAAGUCGACCCUGAUCUUGGAAGAAAAUUGGGAAACCUAUUUGGCGUUGAACUUUUCGAAGUGGAUGCAUUCUCAGAGGAAGGCACCAAAAAGAUGAAAGACAUUUACACUAUGCUUGUCAAACGCUGCUUACAAGAACAUGGCGACGAGUUCCGAUCAUUGCAUACACAACCAGCAUCUACUUUACCUUCAUCCUCAUCCGCCACAACAAGCAUUUGCAGUAGUAAUGCAGGAGACAAUGAAAGUAGUAUUGCUAUGCGUGAACGACGUAUUUCGGGUGACAUUGUUUGUCCCACUACACCUCGGCAGAAAGCCGAGGAUGAUGAAGAACCAGUACGCCGAUCCAGUUUUUCAAGCGACACAAGCUACUCUUCCGAUUAUCGUUUCCCUUCAUUGUCAUCCAAGAAGAAAGCGGGUGCAGCACCAACAGCCGAUACAGCAAAAACAGUAACAGGCUUUGUUUUUGCUCCAACCAGCAAUAAAGCAGCAGCUACAACAGCUUCAACCACCGUGGAUACCACCACCAUCACCCCAACAAAAUCACCUUUAGAUGAUAAAAGUUCGGUGCAUUCCGUUGCAGUCGUACCAAUUGAACGCAAGAGUGGCUUACAAAAUAAUACUUGCAAUGGUAGUCGACGUGGAUCAAAGGACAGCUGCGAAUCCAUGACUACGGGGUUGACAGUCGAUGAUAUCAUUGAUAAACUUUUGACUGCAGAUCCACCCAGAUCAGAUGAGCACAUUGCCACUAUAUUUAUCACUUUCUUUCGACGUUUUAUGAAACCUGCCGAUCUUGCACGCAUUCUCAUUGAUCGAUUCGACAGCGAUAGUUUGAUUGAGCCACCACCCACACGCCUACAAGAGCGUAUCCAGGCCAUCUUCCUUAUAUGGCUCAACAGCUAUUGGAAUGAUUUUCAUAGCCGUCGUACUCGCAAGCUCAUUACAAAGUUUUUGAAUCGCAUUUCCAAAGAGCAAGUGUUACGACCCAUCAGCGAUUCGCUACGCCCUUUGAUAGGACGCUUACCACCUGUUGAGGACCCUGAUGCCCAUUGGGGUAUGGUGGAUGAUCAAGAUGAUGACGACGACUCUGACUCAGACUCUGAUUCGGAUGAUGAUAUCUUUGAAGAGUGUGAGCCGGUCCCAACAGCUGCUGAUGAUGUUGAUCAAGAAGAAGAAGAAGAAGCACCAGCAGUGACAAGCAAAAACAAAAAGGAUAGCGGCUAUUCGGCUGAUUCGUUCAGCGUAUUUGGCUUUUUCGGUGUUGGUGGUGGUAGUCAUAGCAACAACAAUGAAACCAAGGAUACGCAAGAUAGCAAGUCAAUUUCCGAGGGAUGCAAAUUGGAUGAGGCAGCACCACCUUUAAAGCGUACAUCUAGCUCGAGCUCGUUUAGUCUCUUUGGUCGAUCACGUAAAUCAUCCAUCUCAUCAUCCUUUGGAUUCCUAUUUGGGUUAUCUCCCAUGACAGCUGCCAAACCUGAACCACAACAACAACAACAACAACCUUCACCACCUGAAAAGAAGGAAAAGCCUGUGCAACAAUCACCACCACCAGCAACUCCGGAACCAACACCAGUAAAAAAAGUCGUCAAUACACCUGCUGCUGCUGCUGCUCUACCACCUUCACGACCUAAAUCACCAGCAUUGAGCAUCUCCUCCUCCACCCAUUCUUUACGUCGACGUCCAUCCAUUGAUGUUCGAUCUACCACUGAUGGAAAAAACAGCGAUAAGCGUGCCAGCAGAGCUGAGUUUGCUGGAGGCUUGAUCAAUAUUGAUUUACAUUGUGGCAUGUCAACUUCACCUAGUUGGACAUCUUUUGGUGCAAAUACGGUGGCAUCAUCAACAACAAGCUACAUGAGUACAUUCGGCAAUAAUAAUCAUUCAGCACAGCCUCGCAACGAAAAGGAAGCCAACAAUCAGAUUUACAAGAUGAUGAUGGAUAUCCCUGAUAGUGUGAUUGCAAACCAGCUAACUUGGAUUGAAGCUGAAUUGUUUGGCAAAAUCAAGGCACGUGAAUUCAUUCGUAAUAUUUGGGCCCCAGGACAACAAUCAAGGCCAUCCUCUGUGUCAUCCGAAGAUCAAAUCAAAGCUGGUAGUGCUGUGGUUGCAUCGAUUGCCCACUUCAACUUUAUUUCGGCGUGGGUUGCAACUAUGAUUGUCACACAAGCCAAGGUGAAUAAGCGAGCUGCAUUGUUACAAAAGUUCAUGUCGAUUGCUGUGGAGCUGAGAAACCACAACAACUAUAAUUCCCUUAUGGCUGUAUUGGCUGGUCUCAACAGCGCACCUGUGCUUCGAUUAAAGCAAACAAGAGAAGCCAUGACGGAUAAAAAGAUAUACAAGCAAUUCCAAAGCUUAGAGCGAUUAAUGAGUUCGGAUAGGUCAUUCAGCUCUUAUCGUCUCGCAUUGAAAGCUUCAGAACCACCUGGUGUUCCUUAUCUUGGUAUCCAUAACCAAGAUUUGAUCUCACUCGCUGAGGGCAACAAGGACUUUCGAGCGGAUGGCACGAUUCAUUGGGACAAGUUCCGCUUAAUGGGUGAAUGCAUUGUAGCCAUGAUGAAGUUUCAAUGCCCGGCAUACGAUAUUGAGCCUGAUGGAAGAAUUCUACGUUUCAUUGCUGACUCAGAAAUCUUGAGUGAAGAUGAACAAUAUAAGCGAUCGAACCUGGUAGAGCCACGGUUAAAGUCAUCAAGCACCAAUCGCUUACGCGAUCUUUGGUUGCGAAUGUAG